AUGUUUUGGGAAGAUUGGGUCGAUCGGGCCCUUUCCUGUUUUCAUCGAGAUAAGCACAAAAAGGAGACAACAGAUGAAGCUAUCCCGCCACCCAUCGAUCCAUUGGAGUUCGCUGAUGAUGAACGGUUGGACAAAUGUUUCCAAAGUUUUCUGAAUGAGCUUGAUCUUCCACCCGAGAAACACGAAGAGAUGCUUGGUCAAUCGAGAGAGAAAAAGAUCUCAAUGCUGACAAAACAUUCGAUUCGCACCAAGUACAGCAGUGAGCGAUUUUUGGAGCAUUUGAAAGGAUUCACAGAGAAAUUCCCGCAGAAGUUGACUCCUGAAUCCGUGGAAUUUCUUCAGGAUUUGGUGAUCGCUUUGAGGACACAGGAAAACAGCUUUGUGAAUUCAUUCCUCGAGAACGGUGGCAUCUCGAUUCUCAAUCAUCUACUUGAGGAAUCGUGGUGUGAAGAUCGCAGCGAUUUCUCGUUUUUCUUUCUCUCCGCUUUUCGUGCUUUGUUAAAUUCUUCGAUUGGUCGUCAAGCAGUACUUGAUUGCUCUGAGUCUCUUCGGAAUAUUGCCGCCUCAAUUGAGUGUCAAGAUCCAAAAGCAAAGAUUGUUGCUGUCGAGGUGCUCUCUGGUCUGUGUUUUGUGCCCGAGAUUGGUCACAAAAAAGUGCUCACUGCAAUCACUGAGGCUUCUCAGUUGAUGGGUGAGCGUGUUCGUUUCCAAAGAUUGAUCGAUUCUCUUCAUCGGCGUUUCUCGUGUGAGCGACAAACAGAUCGAGUGCGAACGGCGGUCAUCGGACUUAUCAACGCACUCUUGAGUACUGGACCUGCUGAGAACUCAACCGAAUACCGUCAUCAUCUCCGUUACGAGCUGUUGUUGCUUGGAGUACAAGAGGUAAUCGACUCAUGUCGUGUUGACGCUUCGCAACGUUUGGACGAUCAUUUUGAUCUCUUUGAGAUGAUGCGGAAAGAGGACGAGUUGAGCAUUAGCGGUGUUUCGGAUGAUUCGGGAGCCUCUUCACCGGUCGAUUUCGACAACGUCGUUGGUAUGGCCGAAGCACUGCAAUCAAAAUUGAGCUCAACGGUUGCUCUUCCUCAUUUUGCGAGUCUUCUCCAACAUCUUUUCAUGGUACCCUGUGACGAGAAACAUAUUCCUUUAUGGCGCCUUUUCGAUCUUCUCCUUCAACAUCUCACUCUUCAAACAACAGUCAAUGGAAUCACCGAUGUUCAUCAGCCCUUAACUGGCACAACUGAUAUGAAUGAGAUAUUGUCAAGAUUACAUACCCAAUGUGAGUAUGAGGAUUUGGAGAAAGAGCACGAGAGGUUGAGAGAAGAUCUCGAAGCAGAGAGAAUGAGAGUGGUCGAGUUGGAGAAUCGACUGUCCGAUCUACAAGACGGCAGGUCCACUGUUUCAAGAACCUCGGAUCUCUCGACCUCUCCAUCGGAUCCUUGUUCCUCUCGUCCCUCGUCAGCUUUGCUUGAUGGUGUUGCGCCAGUUGUGCCUCCAAUUUCAGCUCCUCCUCCACCUCCACCACCACCACCUCUAUUUGGCUCAAUCAAACCGGUUGAAGAGUUCAAGAAGAAUGUGCCUUUAAGAAAAGGAGACACGAGAACGAUGAAUUGGACAAAGAUACCAAAGGAUAAAAUCAAAGGAACCGUUUGGGAGUUUGUCGAAGAUGAAAAGAUGUAUAAACAUAUUGAUUUGGAAGAGUUGUCAACAAUGUUCGCUGCGUCGACUUCACACAAAGAUGAUGACGCGGAGAGUAUCGUCAGCUACAGUAUCUCGAGAAAACAUAGAGAAGAGAUAUCCGUGAUUGACUCCAGAAAGGCGCAAAAUUGCACGAUUAUGCUUUCAAAGUUGCGAAUGACAAAUCGAGAGAUUCGGAGUGUUUUACUGAAUAUGGAUGAAAAGGGAAAGAUACCAAAGGAUAUGAUUGAACAGAUGUUGAAAUUCUUGCCUACUCGGGAGGAGACUCAACAAUUAAAUGAGACGGUGAAUCGCUUCAAAUCACCGACAUGUCUUGCACAAGCGGAUCGAUAUCUGUAUGAAGUAUCUCAAAUUCCCCGAUUCGAGCAACGACUCAAAUGUCUUCACAUCAUUCGAUCGUUCAAGGAAAGAGUCGAGUUGCUUUCGCCGGCAGUUCAAGCAAUUUGUGCCACUUCACAAGCUUUAUGCGCAAAUAAACGUUUGCGACAAUAUUUGGCUCUCGUUUUGGCUGUUGGAAACUAUCUGAAUCAAGGGAAACGAAAUGGAAAUGCGUAUGGUUUUACCAUGCAAUCACUCAACUCUGUGAACGGAGUCCGAAACGCGACACGAGCCGAUCGAAACUUGCAUCACUACAUUGUUCAGCUAAUUGAGCGAAAAUUCCCCGACAUAACGAAACUGAAACGCGAACUGAACUGUGUCUAUGAAGCUUCAAGAUUCAACAAAAACGAGGUUGCUGCUGAGAUUCGAUCUCUUGAACAAUCAAUUGGUUUCAUUCGAGCCGAACUCUCACGAGCAAGUCAAGCAAAAACGGAAACAGUUGCUGAAAUUGAGACCAAAGAAACGAAAGAAAGGAAAGAGGAUGACAGGUUCGAUGAGGCCGCAAAAUCUUUCAUCACCUCAGCCACAAAAGAUUUCCGAAACCUUGAGGACGUCUUUGCGGAAAUGAAGGGAAAGCUUGCCUCUUGCGCAAAGUUGUUCUGCUUUGAGGAGAACUCGUCACCGGAUGAGAUCUUCUCAGUAUUCGCUAAAUGGCUAACAUCAUUCUCCGAAGCUCACCACGCUAUUUGGAGGGAACACGAAGAGGAAGAGACGAGGAAAAGACAAACCGUGGCCAGGACAUAUUUCGCGAAGAAAAGUCGAAGAAAAGACAAAGAGAGAGAUUUUGAUCAGUUGAUCUUUGCUUUACAAAAUGGAGAGCUUUUCUCGGAGGAACUGUCACGUCUUCGAACAUCGUUCAGACAUCCACCCGGGAAGAAGCGCGAAAAGGCAGCGGUUCGA